AUGGAGAUGCUUAUAACGGGACGUGCAGCACAGAGUGCUUUUCCGGCAACGCAGCCCCCUUCAGUUGCUUCAGGAUCGGUCCGACUCUCUCCUCUUGGAGCCCUCGCUUUCUCGCCUCAGCAGCUAACCAGUGCCAUGUGCUACCACAUGCGUCUCACCGCUGUGCGCCCCUUUGGCGCCUUCUGGACCGCAUCCCACUACUGCCUCGUGCUGCCCUGCUUGGUGAGGGGAGGGGAAGAAAGAGGAGGAGAGACAGCGGAAGAUUGGAGAGAGGCAGAUGGGAGAAGGAGGGAAGGAGGGAGAGGGGCGAAUGCAGGCAGGGAAGGUGAAGGGGUGGAUGCAGGGGAGCAGGGGGGAGGGGCUGACGGCAUGAGCAGGGGAGGGGAUGAUGAUAUGACGCGCUUUUUGAUGGGGAGGGUUGACUGGGAGACGGUUGACCGGGAUGCCCCUGCUACCACGCCCCUGCUCGUGUCUGCGCAUGGACCUGUGGACGAACAAGAACUGCAUGGCAUGGUGGCUCUUCCAAACAAGCCUCCUGCUACUGCUACCACACCCCUGCUUGUGCCUGCUCGCGCCCCUGCCAGCACGCCCUCGCUCAUGUGUGCUCGUGGGCCAGUGGAGGAGCAAGAAGUGCACGGUAUGGUGGCAUGUGCGGUGCAUUCACGUCUGGUGUACCAGCUGGUAGGGAGAGACCCCGAAGGGAGGACAGCACACAGUGAUUUCGUGGGGCCGCAUGGAGGCACGUUCCAACAGUACUUUCGCAACCAGUGA